AUGCAACUUUCAUCAAUCCUCCUCGGCGUUUUCGCCCUUACGGCCUCGGCCCUGCCCCAGGUGCCCGCCGAGCGCCGUGCCUACACCUAUACCGCGACUGUCUCGGACCCGGGCUUCUACGUCUAUGCUACCGGUGACUACUACGAGAACCAGAUCCUCCAGUACUUCAACCCCACCACAACGGGCAAAGCGGCUCUCGUCGCCAGGUUCCCCGUCGGCUUCGAGGUGGGCCAGCUAAAAGGCUCACCCAAGAUCGAUGUCUACACCCGCACUUCGGCAGGCAUCGGCUCCAAGAUCGGAAGUGUCGGUCCCUUGUCAAUAAGCAACAACAAGGUGACGAAAGCCGUCGACGUCGUCGUGGCUAGCUUGGCUUACGCAUCGAGCUAUACCUUUGAGUUCAAGCUGGACAACAGUGCAAACGCCACCAGCGUCACCAGCAUCCAGUUCUCCAAUGACGGCUUCUUCCUGAGAACUGGUAGUGCUUAG